GAGCACGGACUUCACUACUAAACUCCAAACCUGCCUGAGCGAACACACGUGUCGAGAACACACGGCUGGUGUCUGUGCUAAACCCUGUGUUUUGAUCGAACUCUUUAUCAAAAUGCCUAAAGUAAGAGCUGAAAAGAAAUCCCGACAGCACCAGGAGGUGAAAAGUCAAGGGAUUAUGUUCAACACUGGCAUUGGACAGCACAUCUUGAAAAACCCUUUGGUGGUCAACGGCAUUAUUGAGAAGGCAGCAUUAAGACCAACAGAUGUGGUCCUGGAAGUGGGACCUGGAACUGGUAACAUGACAGUGAAGCUUCUGGAGAAGGCCAAGAAAGUAGUAGCUUGUGAGUUGGACACCAGGCUUGUAGCUGAACUUCAGAAAAGAGUGCAGUGCACACCCAUGCAGACAAAGCUUCAGAUCUUAGUUGGUGAUGUUCUGAAGACAGAACUACCAUUCUUUGAUGUCUGUGUAGCAAAUUUACCCUAUCAGAUAUCUUCACCCUUUGUCUUCAAACUGCUUCUUCACAGACCUUUCUUCAGAUGCGCAGUGCUGAUGUUCCAGAGAGAGUUUGCUAUGCGGCUGGUGGCAAAGCCUGGGGACAAGCUCUACUGCAGAUUGUCCAUCAACACACAGCUGCUGGCCAGGGUGGACCACCUCAUGAAGGUGGGGAAAAACAACUUCAGGCCUCCUCCUAAAGUGGAGUCCAGCGUGGUCAGGAUAGAGCCAAAGAAUCCUCCACCACCUGUCAAUUUUCAGGAAUGGGAUGGCCUUGUCAGAAUUGCAUUUGUAAGAAAGAACAAAACGCUCAGUGCGGCCUUCAAGUCUGCUGCUGUUGAGCAACUUUUGGAGAAAAACUACAAAAUUCACUGCUCUGUGCACAAUAUAGAAAUACCACAGGACUUCAGCGUUGCUCAAAAGAUUGAAACUGUUCUUCAAGAAUCAGAGUUUAGUGAAAAGCGAGCACGAUCCAUGGAUAUAGAUGAUUUCAUGGUACUUCUUCAUGCUUUCAACUCUGCCGGGAUCCACUUUUCAUAAACCCAAUGGAAGAAGCACAAAUACAGUGUGUUUGGACUUACGUUGAACUCUGCUUGGUGUUCCUCACCUUUGUGCCUCUUUGUGUGAUGGCAUGCAUCUAAUGGACAAGCGGCAGGACUGUCACUUGGCCUUCAAUGCUUUGGUGACUUUCUGUGAAUCUAAAGGAUUUCACAUGAAGAGCCAUCUUGAGGAAAGAACUUUGUGUGUGGAUACUUCUUAAACGAACAUAAAGCCUAAUAGGAACGCACCAGAAACGUGCAUGGUGGAUAAAUAUUCUAUAAAGGACUUUACUGUAGUACUGAUUCAGUACUAAGAAAUUCUCAGUAUCUGUCUUUUUAAGUACUGAAAGACUUAUGUAUACAAUGUACUGAUUUAAAAUACCAUAUUGACAAUAUAGAGAAUUAAUUUGAUGUUUCA